AUGGAUCCGCUUGAGCCCACACCGCAGCUGACCCCGCAACUUCUCCACAAGCUGUGCAAGAAGGUCGCUCAACUCACCAAGGUCGUGUACGAUCUGCACACAAGUGCCGAGGAUCACGAGCACGAGAUUCAGUGGCUUCAAGAGCGCAAUGCUACCGAGUCGCGUCAGGCGCAGGCCGGUGCUCUCGAGCAGCUCGCCCGGAUGCAGGAGGACCUUGCACGCGCGAUCGAUGACUCACAGGCAUUGAAAGUUGCAGAGCAGCUUCGCGCGGCGUACGAUGAACGGAGCGCUGCUACGCGUGCGCGCGUCGAUGUGCUUGAGGAGCAGCUGAAGGAACGCGAGGAUGCGAUGCAUCACCAGGCCGCUGGUCGCACGGCAGAGAUGGAGGAGCGCGUUGCGGGCCUGCAGUCCCGACUUGAAGCUGCCGUCGAAUCCGUCGAGCAGUCGCGUGCCGAACAGGAGCGGAUCCGCUGUGCGUUCGACGGCCUGCACGAUCAGCUACGGACCAAGACGGCAGAACUUCGACAGGAACAAGGGCGCUGCGAAGACCUUGAGGGGCGUCUGAGGGACUCGGAUGCGGCCUUGGAUGAGUGCCGGCGACAGGAAGCUCUGCUGAAUGACGGCCUGCGACGUUUGCAGGCCGAUCUUGAAAGGACCCAGCAGGACCUCGCGGGCCAGGAAGUUAGGGCCGGGGAGGCAGAAGUGGUGCUGGACAUGGAGCGGCAGAGGAUGAGGAACGAACGAGCGACGUUCGAGAGCGCCUUGCACGAAGUCAGGGAAACCACAUCAGCACAGCUGCGCACACUUCAGGAGGAGCAUACCGCAGCGACGACGUUGUCGGAGCGUGUCAUUGAAGAGCUGCGAAGUGAAUCAGGCGCACUGAGGCGGCGGAACGAGCAACUCGAGAAGGAGCUCUUGGAGAUGCAGGGAAAGUACUCAGAGUGCGACAGGCGGGCCAGCAUCGCUGAGCGGGAACGCGACGAGGCCCGGUCAAGGCUGAACGAGCGCACGGAAGAGGUAAAGCGGGCGACCAGCGAACACCUCAGGGCGAAGGAUGACGGCGGCGUCCUGUCGCGAAAGGUCGCCGACGUCGAGCGAAGCCUGGCAGAUACAACCGAGCAACUGGCGGCAACGAAGGCCCGCUGUGCCAGUCUGGAGGCGGAGAUCGCGGAACACGCGACCCAUCACACGGAUGUUCAAAAGGCAGCCGCAAGCGAAACGCAGAAACUUCGCCAAGACCUGCAAGAAGCGCUGCGUGCCCACGCAGAAACCCGAGAGCAGCUCCGCGCUGCCGAGAAGGUGGUAGAGGAGCAGGCUGCCCAGCUGGGCGAGUUGGAUGACAUCAAAAUGCGCGCAGAGAGCUUGCAAGACGAGUGCGCUGGACGCGUGCGGGAGGUUGCGCUCCUGGCAUCUCAACUGCAAGAUGCCCGAGAGCACGCGAAGGCCAUGGAAGCAGCCUCUCAUACCAUGAGAACUGGAAUCGACGCCGAAGUCGCAGAGCUACGCGGCAGGCAUCAAGCCGAGAUGGCCGCGAAGGACGCCGAGGCCGCGCAACUCCACGACACGAUCAGCAGAUUGAAGGCAGACGUUUGCGACCUUCAGGCACACGCCAAGGCGGAGGGUGACGAGGCACAGGCACUGCAUGCAGCGAGAAUCGCAAGGAUACAAGCUGAGCACGAAGACGCGCUUCGAAAGCUUCAGGUGUCGAACGAGAGCAUGGCAACGGAGCUUCGGGCCAGAGAAAGUGAAGCUGCGCGCAUCGCUGGCGAGUUGACGACGAGCGACCAGAGGUGUUCCGAGUUGUCCUCGAUGCUGCGAGAGAGCGAAGAAUCGCGAGCGGGUUUGCAGCGCGCGCUCGACGCGUCCACCGGCGAGCUGAGCCAGAUGCGAGCUCAAGUCGAUAGCCUGACCGAGACUGUCAAGCGACUGCGAGCUGACCUCGACCUGGUGAAGUCAGCCGGUAGCGAGCAGGACCAGUUGGUGCAGAAGCUGCUCAAUGAAAGAGAUUCCGCGGCGGCGACGGCCGAGGCAAGCCGCAGCGCUCUGCGGUCCUUGGAGGCCGAGCACGCGAAGGAGAUGGAGCAACUCAAAAAUCGCGAGCAGGCGUUGCUCGAUCGUUUGCGGUCAAAGGAGAGCGAGUUCCAAGCCAGCAGCGCGCAACUUUCGCUGAACAUCACGACUUUGAAGGAGCAGAACGUUGUGCUGGAGGACAGGGUCUCGACGAUGGCCGAGGACUUGCGUCGGGAAGUCAACCGGAGCGAGGAAGUGACGGAACGCUUCGAACUACAUCGGAAGGAGACGGAAGCAAGCGUCGCGUCACUGGAGUCGCAGCUCAAAGGGGCUCGACUCGAGGCAGAGGCGGCGAGUUCUCGCGUUCGAGUGCUUGAAGAGGAAGCCAAAGUCCUUGGAGAGAGGACCCGACGUGCGGAGAGAGCGUUGCAUGAUGUGCAAGGACAGGUCAACGACGUUCUGUCGCGUGCCCAGAAAGCGGAGCAACGCGUGGCGACGCUCGAGCACGACGGUCUCGUCAAGGACCGAGCGUUGAACGACGCGACGGAGGUGCAUCGCAAGCUGCAAGCGGCUCUGGAUGCUGCAGCUCAGGCUAUCGAGUCUCAGUCGGCUGAUUCUAACAGGAAAUCAGAGGCGCAUGAAACAGCGUUGCGCGACAUGACGAAUCAGAUCCGCGAGCUGAGACACGCUGUUUCUGCAAGUGAGGCCCGUGUCGAGGACGUGGAAUCCAGGAGCCAGGCAGUGGAACAGAACCUGCGGCGAAUCAUCACCGACCUUGAAAUCGAGAGGGAUCGACUCGCCCAGGAGGUGGAAGCCCGACCGGCGCGUGAACAGGACGUCGCGGCGAUCGAGCAUCUGACGACCGAGCUGCGGGGCAAAAACAGACUGCUGAGUGAUCUGGAGCGGCAGGUAGCAGAGCUGAAGGCGGAGCUGCAGAACCGCGAGGAGAACUACAACAUGAGGUUUGCCAAUGGCGGUGCUGGUAUCAAUCUGCGCCCCGCCCAGCCGACACGUGCGGCAUCUGGCGCCGCGGCGGGUCAGGAAGUUCUCGACUGGAUCAAGGGCUCCGCGCAGCCAUCCCGGAGAAAUCUCGCGGCAGGGAGGCAAGCCCCACCCGCGCGCAUGAACAGUCGCAACAAACACUGA